AAAAAAAACGAAAAAAAAAACGACAAUCAGUGUAAGUAAAAUUUAAAAUCAAGAAAAAUUAAAUAAAAAUGAUUCCUCUAUUUCUCUGUUUCACUCUUGUUAUAUAUCGACCAAACACGCGAUUCGCGGUUACCAUGACAAGACUCGCGACUUGCUUGUAGUCUGACUCGUAUCGGCAUUGUCACUUGUUUACGGUCAAUAUUUAUUUUAUUUAUUUGGACAAACCAUCACUACUAUUAUUAUUUUUUUAUAACAAAUUAGACUUUGAUGAGUUGGUUGUUUGAGUAAAAGUAGAUUUUGUCAGCAGUUAAAAGACUUUUUAAAUGGAAACCAAUGGUGCUCUUGAUUUACAAUCGCUCGACCAAAUAGAUCUUGAUGAUCUUGAAAAAGUUUAUAAACAAGAUAAUUUAAUUGAUAUAAAAAGUUUUACCAACGUCGAAAAAAGUAUUGACAAAAAUAAUUCUCAAGUAAAAAUUAUUAUUAAUAAUAAUAAUAAAGAGUUUAUCAGCAAAAACAUUGAUGGUGAAAUAAAUGAUAAAGCUCCUGAGCUUAUUGGAGAAAUAAUAAAAAAUAAUUAUUGUUUUGAUCAACAUAUUUCGGAUGAUAAUAAUAAAAUAAUAAAAGAUAAAGUUUAUCAAUUCAACGAAAAAGAACAUGGAAUGAGGAUGACAGAAAAUUUAAUAAAAAAUCACUGUAAAAAAGAGGGUUUAUAUGUUACGCCUCAUCUCAAUGACGUCCUCUAUCUCCAUUAUAAAGGAUUUUCAUACAUUGAAAAUCUGAGCAAAUACACGGGUCUUAAGUGCCUGUGGCUGGAGAAUAAUGGAAUACGGGAAAUCGCUAAUCUCAGUAAUCAAGCUAAAUUAAAAUCUCUCUAUUUACAUCAUAAUUUAAUCAGUAGAAUUGAAAAUCUUGAACAUCUUACGGAGCUUGAUACGCUAAAUUUAGCUCACAAUACUAUAAAAAAAAUUGAAAAUUUAGAUUGUCUAAAAGUUCUCAAUACCUUAAACUUAUCCUACAAUUAUCUCAAGAGCGUUGAAGAUAUUGACCAUCUGAAAUAUAUUAAUUCACUGUCAGUUGUUGACGUGUCGCAUAAUCAAAUCGAGUCACCAGAAGUUAUUGAGAUUUUUAGCGCUAUGAAAUCUUUACGAGUACUGACAUUAAUGGGAAAUCCGGUUGUAAGAACCAUUAAGCCCUACCGUAAACUAAUCAUUUUAAAAUGUAAAAAUCUUUGUUAUCUUGACGACCGUCCGGUAUUUCCCAUCGACAGAGCCUGUGCACUAGCUUGGGAACGCGGGGGUGCUCAACAAGAAAAUCAAGAACGUCAACGGUUGACUAAAGAGGAGCACAAAAAAUUAACAAAUAGUAUAUGUGCUUUAAUUAAUAUUAAAAGUAUUGAAGAAAAAAAUUUUUUUCAAUUAAACAAUUAAAACUUGGCAAGUAAUGUUUAUUAUCUAUCUUCCGAAAUAAUUUCAAUUAAUAAAAUUUCUUUGAUUAUUUAUAAAUUAAUUAUGAUUUGGUAAAACACAAAUAUAAUUAAAAAAAAGGUAAAUUUUUUUUUUUUAAUUAUUAAAAUAAUCAACUAAAAUUCACACAACCAACUAAUAAACUUUAACCAAAAUUUUCAGAGGUCAAGGUAACACAAAAUAAAUCAAACAAUUAUAAUUAUUAUUCAUAUUAUUAUUAUUUUUCUUUAAAUACCUACAUACAUUAUUGUUAUUAUUAUUAUUAUUAUUAUUAUUUUUUUUUUUUUUUUUUUUUCAUUAUCCACAUUCACAUUAAAUAUACUGACGUUUGAUGGCAAUGAAUGAGCCUCGGUGAAGUAAUGAUAAGGUUAUUAACUUAUUAUCAUUAUUAUUAUUAUUAUUAUUAUCAUCACUAUAAUAAACAAUAAUAAAAAUAAUAAUUUAUAAUUGUUGUUAAUUUGAGAUUACAACGCCAAUGAUGAAUGAAUAUAAAUAAUUUCGCCAGUAUCAGAAAUUUAUACGUUACUUAUUUUAAUAUUAUUAUUAUUAUUAUUAUUAUUAAAACACGGUACAAGUUAAUUGUUUCCCAUUCAUACUAAAGAGAUAAGAAAAGUUUUUUUUUUUUAUGCAAUGGGCGCUGACGCUGUCGUAAUUAUUGCGUCCAUAUAUUACUAUUUGUAUAUAUUUAAUUAUUAUUAUAAUUAUCAUCCACUUAAUUGGCUUGUUUUGUGAAUAUUAAAAGCCGUAGACAAAAUUAUUCGUGUAAUAUCACGCUCAUUCUAUUUUAUUUAUUUAUUAUUUUUUUCUCAUUAAUAAUAUAUUAAUUAAAGUUUAAAUUAAAAUAACAAACUAACAAAAAGAAAUUAAAGCGCGAGUUUUAUUCACUUGGACCAUUUAAUUAUUAUUAUUA